CUCGCUCUUCCCCCCUCUGGUUUGACUGUCGCGGCUGGGUGAUGAUUUGCUUACUUGGAGCAGGACUGAGUUUGGAGCGGGUACUGUGAAAUGUGUAAGCAUGAUGUUGCCCGGAUAAUCAGCGGAGGACGUUAGGAGACGGAGAGACCUGCAACCAGCUGAAGGCAAGCGAAGCAGGUAGGACAGCCACACCUCAUGCGUGGGCUCAGCAGAAGUCCGAGUGGAUACGGGUCUGACAAACAUGGGUGUGCUCCAGCUCCACAAUCCCACUCACCCCAGCACGCUUCUGCAACGGGCCAAUCAGAUGCGUCUGACCGGCACCUUGUGUGAUGUCAUCAUCACAGUGGACGGCCAGGAGUUCCCGGCGCAUCGCACCGUGCUGGCCUGCACCAGCAAAAUGUUCGAGAUCUUGUUCCACCGCAGCAGCCUGCGCUACGCCCUGGACUUCCUGUCCCCCAAGACCUUCCAGCAGAUCCUGGAGUACGCCUACACCGCCUCGCUCCAGGCCACGGCCGAGGACCUGGACGACCUGCUGUACGCCGCUGAGAUCCUGGAGAUCGAGUACCUGGAGGAGCAGUGCCUGAAGGUGCUGGAGACCAUCCAGGCGGAGCAGAGCGAGGAGGCGGCUGUGAGGAAUCACAGCUCCGGAGACCACGGUGACCACAGCCGGGCCAGGCACUGGAGGCACAUGUUAAUGUCCAAGAAGCAUUCCAUUCAGGACGGAACCAACCGCACCACUCCGACCGCCCUGCACCACCUGGCACUGUACCACAUGACGGAGAGGAGCUCUCCUGGUCCGGAGCCCGAGGCGGCUCCCGAAUCGAGCCCCAAGCUGGACACGGAGGUCGACAUGGAGAGCUCCCGGCGGCCUGAGCGCCGCGGCGCAGAGUUAUCCCAGACCUCGUCCCUGGAUCCUGCCGUGAGCAUAAAAUCAGAGAACAUGCAAGUGGACGAUACCAACGGCUGCGAGGGCAGGUCCUCCAGCACCGGGGAGGGAAGCUGCAUGUCAGACCAGCCCAGAGACGAGGGCCCUGGGACGCCCCUGAGAGGCAGCGUGAUCACCAGCGCUCGAGAGCUGCACUCAGGCCCCGAAGACGGAGGACAAGUGGUGGGCAACUCCCUUGACUGUUUCCCCGGGAUCGCUGAGAAGCAUCUGGCCUCCAUAUACUCUGUCCCCUCCAACCACACAGGGGAGGGGAUGCUGCCUGUGUCUGUUUCAGUGGCCCCGUCCCUGGGCGUACCGCUGGACCCGAGGGCCUACAGCGGCCUGCUGCACCAGGGCUUGCUGCACAGAGAGCUCCUCAGCAGGCUGGGCCAGUUUGCAGCAGGGAUGAGGCACGAGAGCCCGGCUCAAGGCCAGCAGUGUUGUGGCGAGUGUGGGCUUCAGCUGCACAGCCGGCAGGCCAUGGAGCAGCACAGGAGGCUGCAUAACGAGGAGAAAGGCCACGGCUGUGAAUACUGUGGCAAACACUUCCAGGACAGCAUGCGGCUGCGGAUGCACAUGCUGUCGCACACAGGGAUGUGCCGUAGGCGGGAAGCGUCUGCUGUAGAGAGAACACCCAGUCCUUCUGUGGCCUCUCAGGCAGACAGUCUGCUCACUGUUCAGAGACUGAUAACAGGGCACGCUCCUGCGGAGGCGCUGGUGUGUGAUCAGUGUGGAGCAACGUUCUCCUCUGAGGAUGCCCUGGAAGCCCACAGGCAAACACACACAGGGACUGACAUGGCGGUGUUCUGUCUGCUGUGUGCAAAGCGCUUCCAGACCCAGAAGGCCCUGCAGCAGCACAUGGAGGUCCAUGCAGGCAUGCACAGCUACAUCUGUAGCCACUGCGACCGCCCCUUCCCCAGCCACACCACCCUCAAAAGACACUUGCGCUCGCACACGGGCGAUCACCCGUUUGAGUGCGAAUUCUGCGGGAGCUGCUUCAGAGACGACGGCACGCUGAGGGGCCAUAAACGCAUCCACACAGGAGAGAAGCCUUACGAGUGCAACGGCUGCGGGAAGAGGUUCAGCCUCAAACACCAGCUAGAAACACACUACCGUGUACAUACAGGUGAGAAGCCAUUCGAGUGCAAGCUGUGUCACCAACGGUCCAGAGACUACUCGGCUAUGAUCAAGCACCUGCGCACUCACAACGGAGCGUCUCCGUACCAGUGCACCAUCUGCCAGGACUUCUGCCCGAGCCUGGCCGCCAUGCAGAAGCACAUGAAGGGCCACAAACCGGAGGACGUGCCGGCGGACUGGCGGAUAGAAAAGACUUACCUGUACGUCUGUUACGUCUGAGCAGGACUUGGACUCCACGCACACAUACUGUCCCUGUCGGGUGAAAACCUUGUAACUCUGGUGUCGCUGAUUUGUUUUUUUUUUCCAUGCUGAAAGAUUACAUGUUUCUCCGUGGGUUUAAGGAAAAAAAAAAUCAAACUCUUUUUGGAUAAACUGAAAAAUGCAUUGUGGGAAUUUGUCAUUCUGGGAGAUACAAGGUUUUUACCUGACGAGAGAGACACGCAAGCACGAAUACGAAUUUGCGUACACACUAAACUAGGGCUGUUAUUAAUGAUCAGUUUGAUUGUCAGUUAUUAUUUUUACUACCAAGUGAUGAAUCGCUUGUUCUGGGAAAUAUCAGAAAACAUUCACAUUUCGGUGACGAGCUGAUGUCUAACAAAUAACAGAGUUUGGCCCGACCAACAGUCCAGUCCAAAGAGAUUCUGAUUAUGACAUAAAACAGAGAAAAGCAGCAAAAUCUUGCAUUUUAAGAGGCAGGAAUAUUCACAAUUAUCCUCCCAAGGAAAAAAAAAAAAAGACUUGAACGAUAAAGCGAUGAAUGAAAUUGCUCGCAAGUUGUUUUCCGACAGACCUGUUUCAGCCCUAGUGCGCACGAGCAUACAAACACACGCACAGUUUUGUUGGUGAUAAGCGUAUCUCUAAAGGAUCCACUGUGGUUAAACUCAAUGCGACAACGGCUGCGACUGCUGACCUGUAUGUGUAGCAGGAGCUUUUUUUGAAUGACUGCUGAACCGUGAGGCAAAGCCGAGUCAUCUUCUAUGAUUGUGCAGUAGAUGUUGGACUUAAUUCCACAAAGGCUUGAUUGGCUGAACUUGGCAACAUUUUGGCUCAUAAAUUCCUGUGAUUUCUGUUUCUUUUUUUUUUUUCUUUUUUUUCUGCUGUUGGGUUUUUACUUUGGAGUUGUUUAUUUUCUGCAUGUUUUACUUGAAUGGCUGCCACGUUUUGACCUCAUAAGCUUGAUCUCUUUAACUGCCUUGUCUUUCUUGCAGUGGGUGUUAUUGUUUCGAGGUAGCUGGCUUACAAUUUCAGUUCCUCUUGCGAUGUAACAGGUUUUGCUAUUUAUAUGUUGUUUAUUUGUUACCAAAUAUGUGUUGGUUUUCAUCACACAGUGUCUCUUGGGAUGAUUUCGAGUAGAGCGAGCUCUACCUCCCCUCACUUUUCGCCGUUUGUUUUAGGCCGACUGCAAAUUAUCCAUCCAUCAGUGGAUUUAAUUUUCUAACAAAUACACGAUAAUUUAAAUGGUCAAACAGUGUGUAAAAAAUGCUAACAGCCUCAACACAGCUGUAUGUGUAGUUUUUUUAUCAUUAACUAUGUAUAGAUGUCUUAUAAAAAUCACAGAAUCCGAAUUUUCUAGGAGAAAACUGAAGAAAACAUGAAAAGACGUUGUUGUUUGUUUUGUUUUUGUUUUUUUUUUUAUAUAAAACCUGAAAAGAAAAUUCUGACAUUGAAUCACUAUGAGCAGGUUAUUGUCAGUUAUAGUGUAGCUGUAAUGUACAAACUGUCAUGGUAUGUUAUUCCCUUAUGUGAGCCUAAUACAGGCCUUAUAGAUUUAAACAUGUUGUAUUUUUGUAUUACAGUAAUUUGCUAUCUGUUUACAUUUGGUAUGAUUUGAGAAACAUCUUCAUGUGCGUGUUUUAUAAGUCUCUGAUUUGAUUAAGAUCCCUCCCUUGUGCCUCUUUUAUAAGUAGAGCAUUGAUGUGCUUGAGUACAUGGGUCUGUGCUAUUGGUAGUUGUUUCUGGGUGUUUGUUUAUUGUUAAUUAAAGAUAGACUGCCAUGUAGAUCCACUUUGUCUGAACAUUGCAACUGGAAGCAACAUACUGUGAUCGUGGCUGAUACUCUGAGACAAGCGUGUCGUCUCACAUCAAAAAUUGCUUGGAACUCGCAUCGAAUUUGUUCCCUUCAAAGUGACAAUGGACUGAGAGUUCUGGAUGAAAACUGUGUGUAUAGCAAACCUUGGCACCUGUGGGCAUUACCAAUGCCUUCUUAAGUAGCCAACAACACCCCGUGCCAUGAGGACACACAUUCACUGUAUCUAUUCGACAUGAACAUGCACUAUAACUGGAUUUCCUUGGUGGACCAAAAGAAAUAGAGCACUUUUGUUUGAAAAGGGGUUUUUCUUUGAUCUUUCUAUGUUGUGAUAAAUGCAGAUGUCCUUUUAUUUGAUGUGUCCUAGAAGGAUGUGAUUAGCAUUGUUUAGAUUAUGUCAAUGUCUGUCUACCUCAGGGCCAGAUCAAAGCUCGACCUGGUAUCCAAUCAGGGUUGUUCUUCUUGCCAUGUGUGCAGUAAAAUCCCUCUUCAUUACAGCUUUGUAACACAGUGUGUGAAAGUGUUUUCUCAGUGUGGAUUCAGGCACAACUCUGUAUGCGUCAGUGUUCGGUGGCAUGGUUAAAAAAAGAAUAAAACAAGUUACUAUUUUAUGCAA